GGAGGAUUGUGUUUUGAAGAGAGUUGAGUAUCGAAGCGUGAUCGUGUGAAGUGAGGUUUGUUUUUAUUCCAUCUCCUAAGAAGGUUUGGUAUUCAGAAUAGAAGACUCUGUUCCUUGCAAGAAUGGGUGAUCAUGUCAGAAAUCCCUUUGACGACAUUGAUUCCGGAGAUGAUGAGAUAGAAAAGCCACCGACACCUGAAAUCCAUCAUGGCGGUGAUUCGCCAAGGGCGCCAGGUUUUAGCGAUAUUUCAGACAAUGAAGAUGAAGAAAAACCGGCGAAGAAGCCACCAAACAACAGCCUGAAGAUAGCAACGAUAGUUCUAACGUUAGUUCCCAGGUGAUAGGGAAGAUAAUACAAAAAAGGAUAUCAUUACGGAGGCGAAACCUGACGCUAGUCCUCUCUACGAUCAGGAAAUGUCGCCCGUUUCAUCAACUUCGGCAACAGCUGACGACCAGGAGAACACGGUCGCCAAAGAAGAUCACAAAGAGAAGGAUGCUUCCUUAGAAGCUGAGCAAUUACCACAAAAAACAAAUCAAGAAUCUGAAAGAAAACAAGAGAAUUUAGAAGGAACGGAAGUCGAAGGUGAACUUGGAGUUCUUAGUCAGCUGUCUACACCAAGAGCAGAGAUGGGCGAAGGAGAGCCCGAGGGAAAUUUAAAUGUAACAGAGAACACAACCGAAAGAUGGCGAACUUUUUCUUCAGGGGCAGCAACGGACGAUGAUUUAGAAAUGCCAAUAUCACCUUUAGGUCUUGGACUCUCAGGACCUGAAUCAGAAAUAGUUGAUGACAUUUUGAAAAGUGAUGUCUCCAAGCUUCUUCCUGGCAAUGAAGAUGAGUCUAAGGAAGGGCCAAUAGGUAUGAUUGAUUUUGAAACGGUAGGGCACACUUUCUAUCUGUGAACCAGUACAAUAACUCACUCAGGAUGUUGGGUAGUAUGAGAAACACUCGGAAAUCUCAAGCCAAAGAUGAGUGAUUUGCAGACUUGUCGAGUGUUCUCUCAACAUUCCACAUCAGUUGUUUUGCUGGCAAGCCAUUAUAAAGUGUGGCCUUUUGUUUUAUGAAACAGUUAUAGUCUAAUGGUAUACUGAACCUUUUUUUUCACUAAUCAGAGUGCACCUAGUAUCUUUUAUGUAAAGUAACACUUAACAAACUCAUUUUAUCAACCCCAUUGAUGAAAACCAAAUUACGUUGACAUUAUUUGAAUUGCCCAGUUUUUUCCCUGAGCUCUGAGGGUAUUAAGCAGUAAGUGAACUGCAUGUAAAGUUUUGCCUGAAGGUACAGCCACCAAUCACACCAUCAGCAGCUGAAUAUGGAAAAAGUUAUUGAAACCCCUGCAUUUGUUUUAUUUUGUCUCUGACUGGUUGGAAAGGUGGUAUUAGGUUAUCAAACCAGUUAUAGAGAAAAUUGAAAAAAAAAAUCAGAAAAAAGAGGAGCAGAGAGCUUAGAUCAUUAGAUGUAGUUCUAAGAUAUCCCGGAUCAACAUCAGUAUCUGGGCAAUUGCCCACCUACCCCUCCCCUAACCCAACAUUAACCCUAACUUGUCAUCAAUUGACUGUUGUUGGGUUAGGGGAGGGGUAGGUGGGCAGUUGCCCAGGUACUGAUAUUGAUCCGGUAUCCCUUACAGCUGAAGAAACUGUCCAGCAGUGAGUAUAGGGAACUAUAAACAUGGUGAUGUAGGCUGGUUACUCUAUUGAGACAUUCCUCUGAUCUCACCUUCAAAAUAACCACUUACUUCAACAAUAAAGCCACCAACUCCAAAACUCUUUUACUAAUCCUGCCUCUCUCUCUCUCUCUCCCCCCCAACCCUUUGGGAGCUUGGUUCCACCUCUCAUGUGAUAGGUAGUGUUGACACAUACACUGUGCCCUUUCUUUGCAGACCAAAACGAUGACCUCAACAACAUAGCUAAAGAGGAGAAGAGUCUUGCUGAGGGAAGACCAACAGAACAAGAUGAGGAAGGGUAUGUGCAAUUUUUGUACUGUGACCACACAGCUGAUCAUCUUUAUUUUUCUCAGUGCAACUCAUGGUACUGUUCAGAAGUAUAUAAGAGUACUGUUACAUACAUAUACGUACAUACAUACUUUAUUUAUGCUCAAAAUUCACAGUGUAGCUGUAGAGCUAAUAUCUUCAAGAAAAUAAGCUAAAAUAAAAUAAAAAUAUGCUAUAUUACAAUUCCAAUAUUAUUUAUAAACUAUAUACAACAUUAUGCAUGCAGAGGGAAAUAUAACUUGUAGAUGUACUGUGGAAAAGCUUCAUAUCUGAGGAUCUCCUGCUUGAAUUCUAGAAAAUUUAAUGUUUUGUAAGCAUCUGGGAGAGAGUUCUAUAUUUUGCUAGCUAAGUAUGAAAAAGGGUGCAGACCGUAAGUCGUUGCUUUUGGGUUGGGAAGGGCCAAGAUAUGAUUUCCAUGCAAAUUGUAGCAUGAAGACUGUACGGUGAACAUAUCUUUUAAAUAACAUGGAUAAUUCGUAAAGAACAGACUCUUAUAUAACAUGAUCAUGAAGUUCUGGAGGCAUCUAAUGAAUAGAGAUUUUAAGUUAACUUUGCUUAGUACUUUGCCUUCCCCUGCAUGAUAUUUUACAGUUAUCUUGCCACUAGGAAGACUCACCACCAGUGAGCUCACCACUAAGGUAAUCUCACCACCACCAAGGCGCCACUAGUAAACUUGCCACCAAGGUUGCUAGCUAAUUCAGUAUAGAUUCAAAGAUUUAGGCAACUCUUAAGUUUGAACUUAAGUCUAAGCAAGCAUCACCAUAGGAAUGCCAUUGGCAAAACUGCAGAGCUGUGCUGAAGGCUUAAUAGUUUUAUAAAGGUGGUAGAAGGUGAGUCAAAUGUGCAUAACGAUCAAGGAGCCACCAAUUUGAUCUGAUACAAGAAGAUAUCAAAGGGACUAUUGAAUGACAAAACAAGUGUUUUGAAAGUUCACAAGGAGAUCCUGACAAUUUCUACUCCACUACCACAACAACUCUAGUGGCAAACUUAAUAGUGGCAAGUCUUCCUGGAGGCAAGGUGACUGCAUGACCAUCACAAGUUUAUCCCCUUGCAUUUCAUCAAAUUUUCAUCACAGUUUAGCCCAACCAAUUUACACCCCUGUGUGCCAAAAGGCACUGUAAGAGUGAAGUUUUAGCCCAAGAAGACAAUACAGUGACCAGUUCAGGAGCCUCUUUCAAAGGCCCUAAUUCCCUUUCAGACUCAAACCCUUAUGUUAAAGUUCUGUAAGGAUUGGUGAUUUUACCUUUGCUCAAACACAUUUCCCUUGUUUCAUUGCCAGAUAUUUUAACUGUUUAAAUUUCAAACCUGUUAAUAUUUUAAUCUUUAAUGUAAAUGCAGCAAACAAAACUCACUUUUUGGGACCAGUAACCACAAACAUUUUCUUCUUGCACAUUUUACAAGUUAGAUAAGAAGUAUGUUUCUUCAAAUGUUGAUCAGGGUAGAAUCUGAAGAGGAGGCUGGUGAGCAGCUGAUUCAGGAUAUUUUUGGUGCUAGUGAUGAGGAGGAAGAAUUUGUGGUAAGAAUGAAAACACCUGACAGUUUACUUAGUUUGUUUCGCCUCUCUUUCUUGCUAAACUUUUUCACUACCAGGGAUCUGAAUGUUAACUCCCCCCCUAACUGAUGAUCAUAUAUUAAUAUUUGGAUCAAUAAAAUCACACAUCUACCCCUCCUCUAACCCAACAUUAACCCUAAUUUGUUAUUAGUUGACUUUUGUUGAUUAAGGGAAGAGGUGGGUGGGUGGGCAGUUACACAGAUACUAACAUUGAGUGAAAUAUUUUCUGGCUUCUUAUGAGAAUUUGGUGUUUUAACAUAACAAUAUAGUCAAUAAACUUGUACCCUUUGCAAGAUGACAUUUUUUUCAAUGUUCUUUACUAGUCUGCUCUGAUACUGUAAUCAAAGCAAAAGAACAAUUUCUUACUGAUUCUUCAAACUUUUAGGGAUUUGGACAAGAAGACAUUGAAGUGACCAAAAAGAAGAAGGGAGGUAAAGAUUAAUAGCUUGUUACUUUUUCCAAUCAGUAACUGUUUAUCCAGGGAAAUUUUCUCAUGCACAGUUUAUAAUACUCAGAGUCAAAUCCUUGCUGUCUGUAUUUAGCACGAGACAGAAAGCAGCACUCACUGUCCCUUGGAUCAGAAGCUGAUGAUGAAGAAGUUAAAGCAAAUAAGGAUGACUUGGAAACAAUGAAGGUUCCAAAACCCAAAUCUAACAAAAGUGCCUUAGACGAUGAUGAUGAUGAUGACGAUGAUUUGGAUGACAAGCAAGUGUAAGUGUACUGUAAUUAAAUUCAUUUCAGUCUACACCUUUUUUUCAAAAAAUGAAGAGAGCUCUUGGAACAUUACUUGUUCACUUGAAUGAUGUAAUUGCAUUGGUGCUUUUGCUAUUCUGAAUUCCGUCAGGUUUCUCUUGGUACAUUUCUCUUAAUUACAAUUUACAUGUGGGGGUCAGUUUGUUACUGUUAUUCACCCAAAAAAUGCAAUUUACCCAGGGGUAUUUCAUGUAAUUGUGUUCUUGUAUUUAUUCAUUUAUGCCAUACAUGUACAUCUUGUUUUCUUUUUAGGUUUGUGUCAGAUUUUGACCUGAUGAUACAGAAAAAGAAAGAGGUACAUACAAACUUGCAGUCUUUAUGGUUACUCAAAGGAACUUAUUCUAAAAUGUUUUGUUUCUUCUCUGUGAUUUCUUCUUAUGUUGCAUCUUGCAAGUAGGGUUAGAUCUCGAGAAUGGACUUCCUAGGAAUGGAUAAUAGAGAAAGAAAAAAGUUUCCUUGGCUUGCAGAAUCCUUCUCUGUAAAUCACUUUGUUAAGCAUCAGCUACAAAAUAGAAUUUGGGUUUGGCCCAUGCUCAUAACAGAUUUUUGACAUCUUGGUAUAUCCAUGAUCAUAUUUGGUCGUCAAACAGGCUGAUUUGACAGGACUUAAGGUAACCUUUAGCAGUUUCAUGUUUAUGAUGGUUUUAUGACUAACUCAUUAUUUGUGUGCUUAUACAGAUGAACAGGAAUUUCAGAAGGAAAAGGAAGGUAAGAAUUAUUUACAGAAUAUUGGUAAUUGAAACAAGUGGAGUUCAAUUUGGUCUGACAUCAUAUGCGUGAUUUCACAAUCAAAUUGGAAUGCACCACAAGUUGAUUUGAGUUCACAAGUAUGAUUUCGGGCCAAAAUUUUAGGACACAAAGUUACUUUUAUUAUUUAAUCAGUUUUGAAAUUGCAAAGUUUCAUUUACUUCAUACAUAGUUAGAUUGUCACAUGCAAAAGCCCCACAUCGAAACCCAAGAAUAAAAAUCGUUUGUGUGCACUUUCCAUGGGAUAAUCUAUAUCUCCCAAUGAAAUUCACCUUUUUGUGCAUAAAAAUAUAUUUUUUUAUCUCAGAGGUCUCUGAAACACAGUUAUAGUUAAUGAAAGUUUAAUGAAUAUGAAUAAAAACUUACAGAUGAUUAAUGAUUUUGGACUCACAGAAUGUGGACAUCAUAAGUGACAGUGAUGAUGCAGUAGCACAUAUGAUAACUCAGAUGAAAGAAGUUGCAGAGGUACCUGUGAUUUUUACUUUGGGUUAUUUUUAUAAUUUUAAUCUGUAAUUCCACUUUGAAAUUCCAAUUAGUCCUUCUUGUUGUUACUUUUCUAGCUUCACAUGCAGUUUGUUUCUUUUUAUUUAUUCAGGAAGAUAGGAUGCUGAACGAAGCAAAGCAAGCAGCUACCAAGAAACUCAAAAUGCUUCCUUCUGUUCUAACACACUUACACAAGUGAGUCUGACUGUUAACCCGUUCGGUCUGCCUCCCUUAUUCAAAAUACUUCUCUUUAAUUGUUUUGCUCACUUCAUGAUUGUCUCUCGUUUGGUAUUUCAGAGCUGAUUUACAAACUACAUUUCUCGAGCUUGGCGUUUUGCCUGUUUUGAAGGUUAGUAAGCUCUUUCAUCCAGAUGUGUUAUUUUUCUUUUUACCCUUAAACGAAGAAAUGUUUUGUCAGAAAUAGAAAAUUUAGCAGCUUAGCAGAAAGUUGGCAGUUUCGAUAGGUCGUGAAUCCUAUUGUAAACGUCCCAGAUCACUGUAACGCUCAAUUUGAAAAUGGCUGUAUAACUUUUUCCCGAUGAAAAUGAAAGUAUUUUCUUUUGAAAAGCACUACUACUCACGUGGCUAUGGACGCACCGGAAGUGCGUGUGAUUUCCACGCGUGUAGUUACUGCAGUACUCGUGGUCGGUAUUCUACAUAAUAACUCAUGUCGUAUUUUGCUUUACGCUAAUAGGACUGGCUGAGCCCUCUGCCUGAUGGUUCUUUACCUCAUCUUCAGAUUCGAGAAGGACUGCUUAAAGUCUUAGCCGAGGUAAUCUUUGAGCUUGAAAUGCUUGUGGGCUUUCUGAAAAUAAGUUCGUACUUUUGUCCCUCUGUCCUCAGUCAACAUCUUUAGGAUUUCAUGGACCAGAGGUAGUAACUCUGUAUGGAUUACCCAUGAUCCUCGCUGCCAGUUGGGUUGUUCUGUGUCACUAACAAUGUUCCUUUUGCUCACUGGCUGAAUUGUAGCUACGAUUCCCUCGUGAGGACCUCACUCUCGGUUGAUAAGUAGUUAUUUGUUUUUAGUUUCCUUCCAUGGACAGCAGAACUCUUAAAAUGAGCGGAAUCGGUAAGGCAGUCAUGUACCUGUGCCGCCACCCGAGAGAGACAAGAGCCAAUAAGAAAAUUGCAGGAAAACUCGUCAGUAAGUAUUGUUAUUACGGUUACAAGAACGAGAUUUUAAUAGAAAUUUCCUUCAAGGAUUCCUUCUGAAAAGUCGUGCAUUAUGUAACGGAAUUGAAUAAUGCUUUGCGAUAGAAGCCCAUCUCACCGCACCACAUUUCAGUACAAUUCCGGUGGUAACAUAACGUUAAAGAAUUUCCCCUCGCCCUCUUUCGUCAACCUUGUUCCCAAGGACCAAAAUUAGAAGAGAGAGGACCCUGUCGGCUUGUCUUUGUCCGAGAGAUUUUAAAUUGUUGCUUUGUCAGUUCCUCGUACCCCUAAGCAGGCCAUUUUCCUUAGCCUUAGCACCAAAUUUAUCUUUUAUUUUAUACAAGUCCAACUCAUUUUAUAAAGGUAAUAACAUGAUUUCAAGAGCAAUUUGAUGUUAAUGAGCAGUAAGUAAAUUUUCAAAGAAAACAAAAUUGCACGAGGUCGUAGGUCAAGUGCAAUUUGUAGUCUUUGAAAAUUUACAAGUGCUUAUUAACACCAAAUUGCAGGAGAAACCAUGCUAUUACUUGUUUAUAAUAUGCAUGAUAAAAAGCAACCCAAAAAAAAAGUCAAGACAGGCAAAAUUUUGACAGCACACGCUAUUUGUUAUUUAAACUCGUGUUCCAACUUUGCACUCUGGUUACAUGAGAAUGCGCUCGUUUUCAGUCAAUCAGAAGCGAGUAAUUUUUCAUGCGUAUUAUUACGUAAGAAAGGUCCAGAACCUUUCAUAAUUGUUAAAAAGGGUGGAUUUGGGGCACGUAAAUAACUUUUUUUAAAGAUAGAAAGCAAACGAUUAGGUAAAGUUACUACGAUAGAAGGGAAUUUUCUGGAAAUACUUCCGUCCUCCCUCAUGAAAUGAGAAGUACUUCCGCCUUCCCACAUUAAAAUGACCCUAGAAGUUUCAUGCUUUUAGCUUCAGGGCGUUUAGUCCCUUUUUUUAAAAUUAUUUUGUAUAUUUCAUUUGUUUUUUUUCUCAGUAUUUAUUUUGUUUUACUAAGUUUGUGGUUUAUUCUGUCUAGAUGACUGGGCGCGGCCGAUUUUCGGUGUGACGUCAAACUUCAAAUCCCUCAGUCGAGAGGAGAGAGAACAACGGGAUUACCAAAACAUGUCCAAGAAAAGAAGAUUAAGGUAUCGUGUUGGAAUUUGUUACUAUGGAAAGCUUCUUCCACGACAACUUACUUCAAUGGUUCCCCCCAUUUCAGGGACCCAAAUUCUUGUCCCAACUGAAAAAUCUUCUUACAACCGCUGGUCUGUCAACUUCACGGAAGGAACACCUCUGUGAAGUGGACACUUAUUGUAGCCACAUGUCUAUCCUCUUAUUAUAGGAUGCAAAAAUAACAUUUGUUUGUACUAUUACAGCAUUAUUUUUACCUUGUAUUUGGACCGAUCCGGCUGAUGUUUGAACCGCAGCUGGUUUUUAUGAACGGAAGUUGUUUCCAGUGAGGUUCACGUAGUAGUGAAAAUGAUGGUGAACUCAUACUUACUUAAAACUUCAUCGUUUCAGUCGUUAUGCUCAACCAUCUCAGCAGUCAUCCCAUUUGAAAUAAUCUAUUUUUCACAUAUCCUAUUUCGAGAGUAUCAUACUUUUGAGUUGCGUCCUUAUCUAAAGUAGACUAAAAGAGAUUAUCACGCUUGUUUUAUUUUGCUUUCUCAGUUCAGUAGAUAGCGAUGGAGGCAGGACUCCAAAGUCCAUCGAUUCUGCUCUGCAGAGCGACAAAAAGUGAGUACGCUUGAUCUUCAACCUUAUUUGUUUUGCGCUUCACUAACACGACGUGUCUUGAACCCCUCUUCAGAGCCGUGAAGCCUGGUGACAAGGGCUUUGUGAUGCGAGCCCGCGUUCCCAUGCCAUCCAACAAAGAUUACGUUGUGCGACCACAAAAUGCUGUUGAACGGAUGGAUUUCUCCAAGGUAAGUCGAUGAUGAGACUACAGUUACUAGGUCAGUGUCACGUUACGUACACACGACUCGCCUUUGAGCGACGGUUGUCAGGCAUAUUGGAAAGAACAAUUUGCCAGUGUGGUGUAGAAUGCAGUUGAAAUCCAACUUAAGGGCUGCCUGACCAGUAAACGCCUAACAGGUUGCUAUUAUGAUAGACAUAUGCAUCAGCUUAGAGGUGUUCUUUUUAAGGAAAGUUAUUAGCUUUAGCUACAGGGGAAGAUUAGAAAUAAGUUGUUGUUUAGUGUAUACAACCAAUUUACGAACAAAGGAUUAAUCAGACAGUAAAAAAAUUAUUGGAUGUAAAACGAGUUUCGUCUUGCUUUGCUAUGUUCUGUCAAUUUCAGAAACCUCAAAAGUCGAUGAACCGUUUUGAAAAACAGAAGAGAAAGUUUGAUGAAAAGAAAAAGCUUCUCAACAGAGGAUCACAGCGAGCCGUGGGUAUUAGCAUCGAAGGAAGGAAAAUGGCUCUUUGAUCGGCGACGUUUACGUGCUGCCUACACGAGGAAAUCGUUCAUGUGAAACACUGACGCUAAAUGAAUCUCUACUGCAAGCAUCCCUCGUCUUUGUGAACACGCAAUGAACAAACGUCAUUAGUCACUUGAAAGAUGAAUGGAGCGAAGUGUUUUGACGCACGCCUAUCAGAGCCAACGAUGUAACAACUUUUUAACUUGCGCUAAUUGUAAUGAAAAUGAAUGAAGGAAAAUAGGGAUAAAAAGAUUUUUGUUACCUUUGAUGAGAAAUCCAUACUCUAUUAUUAGUAUCCUGAUAUGAUUUUGUGAACUCGUAACUUGACUUCAAAGGACUGCUAGGGAAAGUAACUGAGGUUUGAGUUAUUACACGCUAGGUCAUAGAACCUUAGAUUAACUUGUGUUAUUUUCUGGUUGCUAUUUGAAAAACAAAAGUUACUUCCCUUUGUGUCCGCGCGAAAGCAUCUUCAUAAAUACUCGGUUUUGUACAUAAC